AUGAUCGGUGCUCUUUUUUUAUUGUAUGCGUCUCAAGGGAGGAACCCAAUUAUUCGGCUAUGGUUGGCUUUGCGAAUGGCGAUGAUGACAUUUGUUGAAUUCUUCUUUUGGUACCGCGUUAUGCCUUUGCCAUGGUUGCCCAGAGGGUUCCGAUCCUGGGAUUGGUUGGAGACGCCUGAGUGGUUGAAAAGGGUUGGUCUGGUAUGGCCUACGGUGAACAUAACCCGGCAACCGAUAUUGUCCUCAACGCUGCAACGAAUUUAUCAAUUGAAGCUGGCCAUGGACGGCCCUGUGGCAUUUUACUCUCGCUUUCCCGCCGACGUGGAGGAGUUUGGCAUUAUUUGGUCUAGUCGUCAAUGGUCCAAGACGAUAUAA